AUGGACAUCCUCGAGAGUCGCGAAGCCUCGCUGCGGUCCAAGCUUCUAGGCGCAUCUCCGUCGCCCCCAGCAGCUUCUACGAUCACUGACCGUCUCCAUCGCCUUCAGUUGCAACUAGAGCAGCUCUCUACAGCUGUUCCCGGGUCUGCAAAGCUCCGUGAACAAUACAAGGAGCAUUCUGACCAAUUACAGCUCGCCUCUGCCGGAAUUUUCACCAAUCACAGCUCGCCGUCCGGUGACGAGCUGAAACGCGCGGCUAUUUUAGGAUCAGUGGACCAUUUCCAGCACAUUUCUGCCCAAUUACAGCAGCUUCAGCAGUUGGCCGGUGUCUUGGACCAAUUACGAGCUCCAGACGAGCAGGAUCAGGAGAAGUUGAAGACAGUGGAAGCCAAGACGGGACUGCAGAGUGAACGGGCGUUGGCUCUUCAUUCGAGGGUGAACAAAGUGCUGUCAAUGUACCAGCAGAUGGUACUCGUGCUGUCUGAGAAGUGCGUCGAGUAUAGCGCGUUACUGGACCAGCUGCAGAAUCAAGAGAGGAACAAAGAAGAAGAAGGAGAGCUGCUGGUGCAGUAA